GGGUCUCACGACGGCUGGGUCAAAUUCAUCCGUUGAGACAUGACAUCAGAUUGAUGAUCUCGACCACUUAGUGUGGGUCCGAAGGUGAUUUGAUUUGUCGCUAUCAUGACCCUUGAACGCACUGCAUGAGAAAAUCGAGCCUUGCAUGACGCAGCAGGGAUCGGACUGGCCAAUCGAACCGAAAGGUCGUAUUAACUCAACAGUCUAGUCCCUUCGGCAUGGGAUGUGAGUUAUAGAAUAGCUGUGCCAUAGCCUUGCAUCGCUCCAUGACUAGAUGCAAAGGCAUCGCUCAUACGUGCCGACUGUUACGUCUUAAGCCCGUUGCAUGUGCAACCAUGUUGAUUGCAUGGUUAUCUUUGAGAAAUUCGAGCAUUUAAACAUUGCUCGAACACAUAACUCUUUUUCGUUGUUGUUCAUGGCUUUCCAUCUGAUUGCCAACCAAUGAUACCCCGAACUCGCUCCCCAUGAUGGCGUCAACAUCGUGCUUGGCCGACAAGACUUUCGGCCCGAGGGUGGACACCUCUUGCCGGUCCUUCGAUUUCACCCUGCUGUUUGAGGACAUUUUCUUUACGUGUUUGCCGAUUGCAGUUUUCCUUUCCCUUCUACCUUCGCACGUCACCGUGUUAGCGAAGAGUCCAGCUGUCAGCUCAGUAAGGUCAAAACUGCUGGGAAGCAAGCUGACAAUCCUCACUGGUAUACUGGUAACUCAAAUAAUCCUACUCGCCUUGCGAACUCGAAGCGAAAUCUUCCAAACCAACGCAUCGAUAACAGCUGAUACAUUGUCAAUCGUUGGAACUGCUGGGGCUGCCUGGGUCUCGUACAUUGACCAUCAGCGCUCACUUCGGCCGUCAACAUUACUCAGCCUCUACCUUUCGACGAUUAGCAUUCUUGACAUAGCCCGUGUUCGGACAUUGUGGCUGAUCGGAUCUCAAGAUGGAGUGGCUGCAGCGAUGACAGCGACCUUGGCACUCUCUAUAGUCGCCCUGGUCCUCGAGUCUACCGAGAAGAAAUCGAGUCUGAAGGAGGAGAAACGCUCUGGGGCCCCGGAAGAAUAUAGCGGAUUCUGGAAGCGAACCGUCUUUGCAUGGUUGGUAUCGACCUUCCGAGCUGGCUACGCCAAGAUCAUUUCCGUGGAAGACCUACCGAAACUGGACACUCGGUUGAAAAGCCAUGCCCUGCGUGACAAACUAGGGGCGACUUGGGCGAAUUACGACCGCAAACAACGACACAGCCUUCUGAAAGCAUGUUUUCGCAGCAAUCUGGUUUCAUUUCUCUCCGGCGUGCCCCCAAGAUUAUGCAAGUCGGCAUUCACUUUGGUUCAGCCGCUACUGAUCAAUGCCACGGUCCGCUAUGUUGGGCAGGCUGCUCCCGACCCUAGUUACGGGAAAGGCUUGAUAGGGGCAUAUGCUCUGGUGUUUCUCGGUCUGGGUUUCUCCACUGGUCUGGCAUCUUACCAAACCACCCGCUUCACUACCAGGCUCAGCAGUGGGCUUAUUGGAUUGGUGUAUCGGGAAACAAUGAGAGCCAGGACUGUUGAUCUCGGCGAAACCACUGCGAUAGCCUUGAUGGGUACUGACGUCGAACGCAUCAGUCAGAACUUCAUAAUGAUUCAUGAAGUAUGGGCGGCUGUGAUCGAGGUCGGUGUAGCGAUCUUUUUACUCGAGCAGCAAAUAUUUAUCGCGUGCUUGGCGCCAAUAGCGGUGAUUAUUGUCUGUUUCUUUGCGACUGGACCAAUUGCGACUGGCGCCAAGACGGCACAGAAAGCCUGGAUCGAAAAGGUUCAAGCACGCCUCCGAAUCACCUCAGCAAUUCUGGAUGACAUGAAAGCGGUGAAAAUGCUAGGUCUUUCAAAUGUAGUGUCCGGUAUUAUCGAUAACCUUCGCAAAGUCGAGAUAAAAACCUCGAGUGCGUACCGCAAACUGCUGGUAUGGACUCUAGUCGUUUCUAAUGGACCUGGCAAUAUUGCGCCUGUGGUGACAUUUGGCGUUUAUGCCAUCAUUGCAGUAUUUUGGAAGAACGAUACUCUCUUAACGGCACAGGCUUUUACUUCUAUUGCUUUGAUCAAUGUGCUAGUGAUGCCGGUCAUGCUCGUUGUUCAAAUAAUACCACGGCUACUUCAGUGUGUUGGUAGCUUCGAUCGUAUUCAGGAGUACUGCAACUACGCAGAAAGUUCUGUCUCGUCCAAAGAAGACCAUACUGAUGAGAAGCGCCCCCAGUCGUCUAUCAGUCUUCAAUCACUACCGCCCGUAAUGGAGAAUUCAGGCUCCGGUCAUAGCGGUGAUGCCAUUGCCGUGGAGAAACAGAACUUUGCAUGGGCCAAAGACAAACCUGCCUUCCUGAAGGACAUCGACUUUCGAGUAAAGAAAGGGGCUUUCACCAUGGUUGUGGGAGCUGUUGGCUCAGGCAAAACAAUGCUUUUGGAGAGCAUAUUGGGCGAGACAUUAUCUGGUCCAGGCAGUACAGUGCAGCGGGCCCCGUCUGUUGCGUACUGCGCACAGCAACCAUGGCUCGAAAAUGGGACAAUUCGAAGCAACAUUAUCGGCGUAUCUCAGUAUGAUCAGAGAUGGUACCGUACAGUUCUGUCUGCUUGUGGUCUCGAUUUGGAUAUACAGGCACUAGAAAACGGCGAUCAAACCAUCGUAGGCAGCAAGGGAGUCAAUCUCAGCGGUGGUCAAAAACAAAGAAUUGCCAUCGCACGUGCUGUCUACUCCCGACGGGACACCGUUAUAUUUGAUGAUAUCUUCAGCGGUAUGGACGCGCACACUAUCGAACUUGUGUCCCGUCGCCUCUUCGGCGGCAACGGGAUAUUCCGUACCCACAAAACGACCGUCAUACUUGCCACGCAUAGUCAUAAGCUGAUGACGCAAGGCGAUACCAUUAUUGCCCUCGAAGACGGCAAGAUCGUCGAGUCCGGGACACCGCAAGCAUUACUCUCAAGUGAUGGUUAUGUUGCCAAACUCGACCUUAAAAUGCGGGAGGAAGAAGAAGAAGAAAAAGAAGAAAAAGAAGAAAACGAACCACAAGAGGAGGAACCCAACUCGGACAAGAUAGCUCUGACACAUGUCCAAAGCACUGCUGCCGAGUCACUCACAUCUGUGGCAGUAACUUCGGCCAAGGACAAAGAUACACCCGAUGCUACUCGAAAAAAGGGGAACUGGUCUGUCUAUACUUACUACUUCAGAAGCUCCGGGUACUUGAUUGUAGCUCUGUAUGCGGGGGGCAUGUUCAUCUGGGACUUUUUUACUGAGUUCCCAACGGUGUGGCUGGAUUGGUGGUCGACUGCUAAUGAGAACGAGCCGAACAAGGAUUUGGGUAUGUAUGUGGGUAUCUACGCCUUCUUCGGUGUAUUUGGGAUCACGAUGGCAGGUUUCGCAUGCUGGAUAGGCUUCGUCUUCAUUGUUUCGAACUCCUCCUAUCGACUUCACAGGGACUUGCUCGAUAGUACUAUCAGAGCUCCGCUUCGGUUUUUCACCGCUACGGACACGGGAACUCUGACAAACAGAUUUAGUCAGGACAUGGAGCUCAUCGACAUGGCCCUCCCUAUUUUAAUGGUGAACUACACUACGUCUGUGUUCGGCUGUCUUUGCAAGGCCAUCAUUCUCAUUGUAUUCUCGCAAUACCUUGCUGCGACACUGCCAUUCGUGAUUGCUGUUUUGUAUUUCUUACAGAAUUAUUAUCUGCAUACUUCCAGACAGGUUCGUCUGAUUGAGAUAGAGUCCAAGGCGCCUCUUUUCACGCACUUUACUGAAUCUGUGGCCGGUGCUGCUACUAUACGAGCAUAUGGCUGGCAAUCACAGUAUGAGGAACGCAACUUCAAGCGUAUUGAUCAAGCACAACGCCCGGCUUACAUGCAGCAUAUGAUCCAACACUGGCUCGCCUUUGUGUUGGAUAUGGUGGUUGCAGCCCUCGCGGUCAUUCUGGUGGCCAUCGUGGUUACCUGGAAGGAUAAAUUCACUGCUGGUAAUGUUGGUGUUAGUCUUGUCAUGAUAAUGGGAUUCAGUAUGACCCUUAUGAGAACCAUCAAGAUGUGGACCAUGAUGGAGUCCAGUAUCGGUGCGGUGGCUAGAGUCAAGCGGUUUGUAGCCGAUACCGAAUCAGAAGAAAAGGCAGGCUGGACGACCGAGGUUGCGGAUGAGUGGCCGAGACAGGGUGUUAUUGAGUUCAAGAGCCUCGUUGCCUCCCACAACUCUGACGCCGAACCUGUCAUCCAGGGCGUAUCAUUGGCGAUCAAGGCCGCAGAGCACGUCGCUAUCUGUGGCCGCUCCGGAUCGGGCAAGACAUCACUCAUCCUGGCGUUACUGCAGAUGGUCGAGACCCGAAGUGGGCAAAUCACCGUCGAUGAUAUCGACGUAGGCACGGUCGCAUGCACAGAUGUACGAUCACAUCUCAAUGUUGUGCCGCAAGACCCCUUUCUAUUGCCGGGGACGGUACGAUUCAAUAUUGAUCCCUUCGGAAGGAUAUCUGACGAUGAAAUAAUCCGCGCUUUAGAAAGUGUUCGCCUAUGGGGUACAGUCCAGGAGCAAGGCGGCCUCGAGAAGGAAAUGGACACUGCGGCAUGGUCAGCGGGCCAAAAGCAGCUGCUAUGCCUGGCUCGUGCCGUGGUCAGAAAAAGCAAAGUGCUGAUCCUUGACGAGGCCACAAGCAGUGUUGAUGCCGAGACUGAGGCCAUCAUGCAGGACAUUAUCGACACCACCUUCAAGGAUUGCACAGUUCUUGCGGUCAUGCAUCGUCUCAAGCAUGUUACUCGGUACGACAAAGUAGCUUUGCUAGACAAUGGCUCGUUGGUUGAGUUUGACACGCCGACAUCACUGAUUGGGCAACAGUCAAGAUUUGCAGAUUUGUACUCGUCCAGCACGAAGUAAUCAGGAUCUUCUCCACACAAUGUGAUCCUACAUACAUAGGAAUUAUUUUAGGCUAGCUAGUGGAGAUAUGUUCUACAUGCAUACACCUGGAGCAAUACCGAUGGAAUGAUUGCUAGCCACUUCAUAUUUGCACUGAUAACCAUUGAAGCACCUGCGCCUCCUGAGAGCAAUGUAUGAAGUUCGCCCAAGUUGCCUUCCCCCCGGACAUCAGCACGAUUGGCGCGGCUAUAUUCAGCGGCUAAAUAUGAUUCCCCACAGCCU